CUGCGCCCUUGUCCGAACUGCGCCUGCGCAGAAUCUCAACCGCCCGUAGCGCGGAGAGACUAGUGGUGUCUCUCGUGCGCCGCCGUCGUCUCUUUUCUUUUGCAGCCCGCUCGCCUUCGCUGCCAAGAUGCCGCGGAUCAUGAUCAAAGGAGGCGUGUGGCGAAACACCGAGGAUGAAAUUCUUAAAGCAGCUGUGAUGAAAUAUGGCAAAAACCAGUGGUCUCGUAUUGCUUCCUUGUUGCACAGAAAAUCAGCAAAGCAAUGCAAAGCCAGAUGGUACGAGUGGCUGGACCCAAGUAUCAAAAAAACAGAAUGGUCACGGGAAGAAGAGGAGAAACUAUUACACUUGGCCAAGCUAAUGCCAACCCAGUGGAGGACCAUUGCUCCAAUCAUUGGAAGAACAGCUGCGCAGUGCUUGGAACACUAUGAAUUUCUGUUGGAUAAAGCUGCUCAGAGAGACAAUGAGGAAGAAACUGCAGAUGAUCCUCGAAAACUGAAACCAGGAGAAAUUGAUCCAAAUCCAGAAACCAAACCAGCCCGGCCAGAUCCUAUUGAUAUGGAUGAAGAUGAACUUGAAAUGCUAUCUGAAGCUAGAGCACGUCUGGCUAAUACUCAGGGAAAGAAGGCCAAGAGAAAAGCAAGAGAGAAGCAGCUGGAAGAAGCUAGACGUCUUGCUGCUCUCCAGAAGAGGAGGGAACUUAGAGCUGCGGGGAUAGAGAUCCAGAAGAAAAGGAAAAAGAAGAGAGGAGUGGAUUACAAUGCAGAAAUCCCAUUUGAAAAGAAGCCUGCUCCUGGCUUUUAUGAUACAUUGGAGGAAAACUACCAGGCACUGGAUGCGGACUUCAGGAAGCUACGUCAGCAAGACCUGGAUGGAGAAUUAAGAUCGGAGAAGGAAGGAAGAGAGCGCAAAAAAGACAAACAGCAUAUGAAACGGAAGAAAGAAUCUGACUUGCCUUCAGCUAUUCUUCAGACCAGUGGAGUGUCAGAGUUUACUAAAAAAAGAAGCAAACUAGUGCUUCCAGCACCUCAGAUUUCAGAUACAGAACUCGAGGAAGUAGUGAAAGUAGGCCAGGCGAGCGAGAUUGCACGUCAAACAGCUGAAGAAUCUGGAAUUACUAACUCUGCUUCCAGCACCCUUUUGUCUGAAUACAAUGUCACCAACAACAGCAUUGCCCUUAGAACGCCCAAAACUCCAGCGGCACAGGACAGGAUCCUGCAGGAAGCCCAGAACUUGAUGGCUUUGACGAACGUAGACACCCCCCUGAAAGGUGGUCUUAAUACCCCCCUCCAUGAGAGUGACUUCUCUGGAGUGACACCCCAGAGACAAGUUGUUCAGACUCCGAAUACAGUGCUUUCCACACCCUUCAGGACUCCAUCUCAUGGAGCAGAAGGUUUGACACCUCGUGGUGGAAUAACUCCUAAACCAGUGGUUGGAGCAACUCCAGGUAGGACUCCCCUGCGAGAUAAAUUGAACAUCAAUCCAGAAGAGGGAAUGGCAGAUUACAAUGAUCCGUCUUAUGCAAAACAGCUGGAAAGAGAGUCUCGUGAGCAUCUGCGUCUAGGGCUUAUGGGUCUUCCUGCCCCAAAGAAUGACUUUGAGAUUGUUUUACCGGAAAAUGCAGAGAAGGAACUUGAGGAACAUGAAACAGAUGAUACCUAUAUAGAAGAUGCUGCUGAUGUGGAUGCUCGCAAACAGGCUAUUAGAGAUGCAGAGCGUGUAAAGGAGCUAAAGCGGAUGCACAAAGCUGUUCAGAAGGAUCUGCCAAGGCCCGCAGAAGUAAAUGAAACGAUUCUGAGACCUUUGAAUGUAGAGCCUCCUCUAACAGACUUGCAGAAAAGUGAAGAGCUAAUAAAGAAAGAGAUGAUCACCAUGCUUCAUUUUGAUCUUCUGCAUCACCCAUAUGGAGAGCAGCCUGGGGGUAAAAAGGGGAAAGGCCCAGGAUUUGGAACGAACAGUGCGGAGCAUAUUACGUACCUCGAACAAAAUUCUUAUGAGAAGCACUCCAAAGAGGAACUCAAGAAGGCCCAGGAUCUACUGGCACAAGAGAUGGAAGUGGUAAAGCAAGGAAUGGGGCAUGGAGAGCUCUCAAGUGAGGCUUAUAACCAGGUGUGGGAAGAAUGUUAUAGCCAGGUGUUAUACCUACCAGGACAGAACCGCUACACACGAGCUAACUUGGCCAGCAAAAAAGACAGAAUAGAAUCACUUGAAAAAAGGCUUGAGAUAAACAGAGGUCAUAUGACAACAGAAGCUAAGAGGGCUGCCAAGAUGGAAAAGAAGAUGAAGAUUUUGCUUGGUGGUUACCAGUCUCGGGCAAUGGGACUCAUGAAACAGUUAAAUGAUUUGUGGGACCAGAUUGAACAGGCUUACCUGGAGUUACGUACUUUUGAGGAGUUAAAGAAACAUGAAGACGCUGCUAUUCCCAGGAGACUGGAGUGUCUAAAAGAAGACGUGCAGCGGCAGCAAGAGCGAGAGAAGGAGCUCCAGCAGAGAUUCGCAGACUUUAUGCUGGAUAAGGAGACUUUUCAAUCAAAAUAUUGAAGCACAAAAUUACUUGGUGGUUCGAUGUCACAUUUUUCAAAUGCACGGAUACUUCUCCUGCAUCUUGCCAUCCAUGUGUCAGAAAUCAAGCAUAGGUAAAUUUGCAACUCUUUGCAUCUUGUGUUUUUUGUAAAUGGACUGUCAUUGUACCAAAUGUUCUAGGUGUGAACGGCUUGGUUCAGUAUUGGAGAUUUGGAUUUAAACAUCCAGGACUUUGAUAUUAAAAGAAGAAAUCACACUGGGAUUUUUUUAGCCAUGUUGUUUGCUAGGGUUAUUGCUGAUUCAUGCUCCUAGUGUCUUACCGUUCUUAAGAUCUACCAAACAUAUACCUGCAGUAUAUGUGCUUGUGAAUAAUGUCUCUUGAAUAAACCUGGAAUGUAAAGAAAUAUAUAAAAAGAAAUGUUUGUCUCUCACUUGGAAUGGAAUCUUGAGAAAAAGAAAAGAAAAGGAAAUAUCUGUUUCAUGCUAAUGAGAGAGCCUUUCUUUUACUUUACUGUCAAACAAUUAAGAGCUAUGUUAUCGGUAAGGACAUAUGUGUAGUAUAAGUAGGGGACAUAUACAUAGGAUUGGAAGGGACCUCCUGGGUUAUCCAGUCCAGUUCCCUGCUAUUGCAGGCAAGCCAGCUAAAACUAAAGACUCCCAAUUAUUUUAUGCAUCUGUCACUCAAUGCUCUUUUUUAACAUCUGGAUAUCCAGUGGUCAUAUGGAUACAUAAAAGGAUUGAAGAAAUAAGGUUAGCUUUACCUUUCCCACGGAGGAAUAGGGUGUUUUUUUUCAAAAGCACUCAGCAUUAGCCUAGCUGCUCCCAUCAACACCAAUGGGAAUUUUACCUCUGAAUUCAGGGGGAACGGAAUUAGGCCAGCUCUGAGCACUUCUGAAAUUCCUACUGUAAUAGUAUAUCUCCUCUUGGUUUAGCUGACAAUUAAUUUAUUGGAUGAGAUCCUAACCCACAUUUUGGCCCCAUAAACUGGGUGAAAGGGCCAGAGUAGCAUAAAGGGGUACUAAAAGCACUCGAUCCAGCUAGGGAAGAACCUGAGGAAGGCAGCCACAGGCUGCUUUGUAAGGCCCCCUCACAAGCUAUAGAUUGCAUGUUGAGGGCAGGAGGGUAUAACUGGGCCGUGGUCACAGCACACAGUGCUAUGGAGAUCAUGGACAGGACUACUGAAACCGCCUUAGCCCUCCUCCUCCUGGGCUGCGAGUUUUGUACUGCGCCUCUUAGACGCUCAGCACAGAAUCGCACCCUCUGUUUUUGCGCUACUAACCGUCUGACCUUAACACUCUCCCUAUAAAUCAUAAGGGUGGGACUUGUGUUCCUAACACACCAAGCAACUUCUCAGAAUCCCAUCCCAAAUCUUUUUCUCUUUGUUGUUCUGGCUAAUCUGAGACGAUGAAGAUUUGGGUUUUACUAUUACGUAUAUGCCCGUGGGUUUUUUAGUGUUACUUUCAUAUUGUUUUCUAACAUUUUUUAACUACAUCCCUUGUUCCUUUUCCCUUUUUUUUUCUGCUUCAGGUAAUCUCAUCAAAAAAAGCUAUCCGAUUAGACAGAACCUAUUUUCCAUAAACCCACGUUGAUUGGCAUUAAUUAUAUUAUCCUCCUUUAAUUCUUUAUUAAUCGAAUUCCUGUAAAAGGUGCUCCAUCAUCUCACCUGAGAUCUGUAUCCGAGUGAGAGGCCUGUAAUUACUCAGGUCCUCGUCUUUACCCUUUUUAACUAUUUGCACAGCAUUACCUUUCUUCCAACUUCUGGAACUUCCCUGGUGUUCCAAGACUUAUUGAACAUCAACAUUAACAGUCCAGGGAGCCCCUCAGCCAGUUCUUUUAAAAGUCUUGGAUGCAAGUUAUCUAUACCUGCUGAUUUAAAAAAAAUUGUUUGCUCUUUUGUUCAUGUACUCCACAAACAACUGACUUUUUAAAUUUAAUUGAUAGCACUGAAAAGCCCCAUUAGACUGCUGUGUGAUCAUGCAGGUUCUCUGUGCUAAUGUGUAUAUAGUAGAAUUUCAGAAUUACAAACACCUCGGGAAUGGAGGUUGUUCAUAACACUGAAAUGUUUGUAACUCUGAACAAAACGUUAGGGUUGUUCUUUCAAAAGUUUACAACUGAACAUUGACUUAAUACAGCUUUGAAACUUUACUAUGCAGAAGAAAAAUGCUGCUUUUAACCAUCUUAAUUUAAAUGAAACGAGCACAGAAACAGUUUCCGAACCUUGUCAAAUCUUUCUUUAAACUUUCCCUUAAUGUUUUUAGUCAUUUACAUUUAACAUAGUGCUGUACUGUAUGUGCUUUUUUGUUUUGUUUUGUCUCUGCUGCUGCCUGUGAUUGCCUCCUUCCGUUUCCCGAUGAGGUAUGUGGUUGACUGGUCAGUUCAUAACUCGGAGGUUCUACUGUAAUUUUAAAUCCUACAUUUACUUGAUUACAGCAUGCCCAUUACAUUGCAGCCCUUAUGGGAAGAACCUUGGAGGGCAGCAUGAAGAUCUUAGGUGUGCAGAUUUCUGUUUAAAGCAUCAGCAGUGGCCAUCAUUUUCACUGCUGGAUUGGGCAAUUUGGAAAAGCAUCAGUAGUCCGUAUCUGACUCCACUGAUUAUUGAUGAGAGGAUUAGCAGCCCUUCAAAAUCUUUCUUUCUUCAAUAACAGAUUCAUUAGAGUGGGGAUCUCAUCAUAAGUAUUAACACAGGUCAAAUUAUUUUCUUUACUUUUGUGUGUGUGUGUUUUGUUUUUAACUGCAUCAAAGAAAGUGUCUUUAAAGAAUAAAGAAAAUAAUGAUCA